GUCGCCGCAGCUGUCCUUGAACUUGUUUUCGUACGGUUUAGUAACCGACUCGACUCGUGGACUUUGAGGACUUUGCCGAAGUGAGCUCGGCGCCCCUUCCCGCACCACUGGUAAAGAACUCACCAUGGCAUCCCUUCACCAGAUCAAAUUGUUGAAAACCAUGAGGCCCUUUGGAUCCUUGCGAUUCAAGCACAGCUCAAAUGUGAAGCUAAAUGAGGUAGUCAUCGUUGGAGCAGCUCGCACACCUAUGGGCUCAUUUUGCAGUCAACUUGCAUCUGUCCCUGCACCAAAACUUGCUGCUGUUGCCAUUAAGGCUGCGCUAGAGCGUGCAGGUGUGCCAAAAGAAGAGGUGCAGGAAAUAUACAUGGGUAAUGUUUGUCAGGCUAUGCUUGGCCAGGCACCAGCAAGACAAGCUGCUCUGUAUGCAGGACUUCCGAAAUCAACAGCCUGCACCACCAUUAACAAGGUGUGCUCCUCUGGUAUGAAAUCUAUCAUGCUGGCUGCCCAGGGCUUGAUGUGUGGCCAGCAGGAAGUAAUAGUGGCUGGUGGCAUGGAGUCUAUGUCCAAUGUUCCUUUCUACAUGAAGCGAGGUGACACUGGUUAUGGUGGCGUCACUCUUCAAGAUGGUAUUGUGUUUGAUGGGCUGACAGAUGUUUACAACAAAAUUCACAUGGGUAAUUGUGGUGAGAACACUGCCAAGAAUUUGGGUAUCUCCCGCAAAGAUCAAGAUGAGUAUGCAGUGCAGAGUUACCAUCGCAGUGCGGAGGCUUACAAAUCUGGUGCCAUUAAAGAGGAGCUUGUACCUGUGAAUGUUCCCCAAAAGAAAGGCAAGCCUGAUCUUGUUGUAAGUGAGGAUGAGGAGUACAAGCGUGUGAACUUUGAAAAGUUUGGAAAACUUCCCACUGUUUUCCAGAGAGAGGGUGGCACAGUCACUGCUGGCAAUGCAUCAACUUUAAACGAUGGUGCUGCAGCAUGCGUUUUGAUGACCCGUGAAGCUUCUGAACGCUUGGGAGUUACACCUAUUGCGAGAGUUGUAGGAUUCCAUGAUGCAGAAACAGAGCCCAUCGACUUCCCUAUUGCUCCUGUUUUUGCUAUUCCAAAGUUGUUGGAACGCUGUGGUGUGAAACAGGAUGAGGUAGCUAUGUGGGAAAUCAAUGAAGCAUUCAGUGUUGUUGCCCUGGCAUGCCAAAAAAUGUUGAAGCUGGACAUGAACAAACUCAAUGUUCAUGGUGGUGCUGUUAGUCUUGGACAUCCAAUUGGAAUGUCUGGCGCCCGUAUUGUCAAUCACCUGAUUUAUGCCCUGAAGCCUGGCGAAAAGGGUGUUGCAGCUAUCUGCAAUGGAGGAGGUGGAGCUUCUUCCAUCAUGAUUGAGAAACUACCUCUGGAAUGCCCUCCAAAUGGAAAGCCACGUCUCACAUUGUACACUAAGGAUCCUUGUCCUCUCUGUGAUGAACUCAAAGUGGACUUAAAGCCUUUCCUUCAUGAAGUUGAGUUAAGUUCAGUGGAUAUUUCAGCUCAGGGCAAUGAAAGAUGGGACAAAUUAUACCGUUAUGAAAUCCCUGUUUUAUUUUUAGAAGGUCAAUACCUCUGCAAACAUCGACUAGACAAAGUUAGUCUUGAGAGACGGUUGAAACUAGUUAAAGAACACUGGGGUUAGAAACACUUUUGAAAGGCUCCUAGCAUAUAUUAUUAGAAGCAAAGAACGCUUGUACCAAAAGACUGAAUCUUGAGCAAUUGAAUGCAGUAUAAAGGAACACUGUUUUCAUAUCACAUAGGUAUCAUAUUUCUGUGUGAAAAUAAUGAAGGAGUAAUUAAAUUAUUUUAGAAGCAAGUUAGUGACAUUAAAGGAUCUCUACUGGAA